AUGGGGAAGGAGGGCGGUGAGAGUGAGGGCGGGCAACUGAUGACGUUCGCGGUGACGAGCCGGCUCCGCCCUCACUGCGGCUUCCGGCGACUCGCGGUCCCCCUUUCCGCUUUCCCGCCUGCGCGGCUGCCCCACCCCACUCCCACGCGCACCCAACUGCCGCCGCCGGCGAGAAGAGGCGCUGGUUCUGUCGAAAGGCCCCCUGCAGGUUCCCCUUCCGCUCUGCCUAACGACUUCCGCUUUGGGUCGUACACAUGGACGCUUGGCGAAGCGGCCUCUGAGCAGUCGAGGAGGCGGUUUCUCCUCUCCGUGCAGCUGGAGAACCACCAGCUGGUCCCGCCCGGAGGCAGUGGCGGGGGCAGCAGUGGCCCCGCGUCAGCCCCGGCUCCUCCUCCUCCCGGAGCCGCUGUGGCGGCGGCCGCUGCAGCUGCUGCUAGCCCGGGCUACCGGCUGAGCACCCUCAUCGAAUUUCUGCUGCACCGGGCCUACUCGGAGCUCAUGGUGUUGACGGACUUACUGCCAAGGAAAUCUGACGUGGAAAGGAAAAUAGAAAUAGUACAGUUUGCUAGCCGGACACGCCAACUCUUCGUUCGAUUAUUAGCUUUAGUAAAAUGGGCUAAUAAUGCUGGCAAAGUGGAAAAAUGUGCGAUGAUCUCAAGCUUUUUAGAUCAGCAAGCCAUCCUGUUUGUGGACACUGCUGAUCGCCUGGCCUCGUUAGCUAGAGAUGCUCUGGUCCACGCGCGCCUGCCUAGUUUUGCCAUCCCGUAUGCCAUUGAUGUACUGACUACUGGGUCUUAUCCACGGCUGCCAACCUGUAUUAGGGAUAAAAUUAUUCCUCCGGACCCAAUUACCAAAAUUGAGAAACAAGCCACACUUCUUCAGCUGAAUCAGAUUCUUAGACAUCGGCUUGUAACCACAGAUCUUCCUCCUCAGUUAGCAAACCUUACAGUUGCAAAUGGCCGAGUGAAGUUUCGAGUUGAAGGAGAAUUUGAAGCUACCUUGACUGUGAUGGGAGAUGACCCAGAUGUUCCGUGGCGUCUUCUUAAGCUGGAAAUUCUAGUUGAGGAUAAGGAAACAGGAGAUGGGCGAGCUUUGGUUCAUAGUAUGCAAAUCAACUUUAUCCAUCAGCUGGUGCAGUCCAGACUCUUUGCUGAUGAGAAACCUCUUCAGGACAUGUACAACUGUCUGCAUUCUUUCUGCUUAUCACUUCAGUUAGAAGUGUUACAUUCCCAAACUCUAAUGUUAAUCCGAGAGCGGUGGGGAGACCUUGUGCAGGUGGAAAGGUAUCAUGCUGGAAAGUGCCUCUCCCUCUCAGUUUGGAAUCAACAGGUUCUUGGGAGAAAAACAGGGACGGCAUCUGUUCACAAAGUUACAAUUAAAAUUGAUGAGAAUGAUGUCUCCAAGCCUUUACAGAUUUUUCAUGAUCCUCCUUUGCCAGCUUCUGAUUCCAAAUUAGUAGAAAGGGCCAUGAAGAUUGAUCAUUUAUCAAUAGAAAAACUCCUGAUUGACAGUGUCCAUGCAAGAGCUCAUCAGAAGCUCCAGGAACUGAAGGCCAUUCUUAGAGGCUUCAAUGCCAAUGAAAACUGUAGGUUCUUUUAAAUUGACAUUUCUGGGUUUUUUGUUUAAAUUAGUGUCUACUUUUAUUUUAUGAAGGGCCUUUCUUAAAAUGACUUUUUUCUUGAUAGACUGGUUUUGCUAUGGAGGCAAGACAUUUCUGCAUUUUAACUUUUAAACUACUAAACUUGUCCUAAUUUUUCCCUUAUUUUCUUCUUUCUUAU